GCCAAACUUUUUCUUUCAUAUGACUCACUCAGCAAUUCAAAAAUAUUUAAUAAAAAUAAUUACUGUACCUUUCUAGUAAGACCCAAUUAAAAAAAAUAUUAUAAAAAUAAUUACUGUACCUCUAGUAGGACCCAAUUUAAAAAGAUUUAAUAAAAAUAAUUACUUUACCUUUCUAGGAAGACCCAAUUUAAAAAAAUGUAAUACAAAUAAUUACUGUACCUUUCUAGUAAGACCCAAUUAAAAAAUAUUUAAUACAAAUAAUUACUGGACCUUUCUAAGACCCAAUUGAGUGUGCUAGUCGCUUGUACAUUUAAAUUACUAUUCCGUUUUGCCUCUUAACGAACAAACAAGUGGGAAAUCAUGACAGCAGGAAUCUAAAAGUCUGUUUUUAAAAUAUGAGUUUAAAGAAAAGGCACAUGACUCAUCUGGAGCCUCGUGUUUCUUCUGGCCGCGGCCGUGACCGCAUGUCGAUUCUCACUUUAAGCUUCUUAGGGCGCUAAUGAAAGUGGCCGCGCAUUGUCCGGGGGACAGAUGGGCUCUGUCUUGAUUAAGUUUUAAUUUUCCCCUGACGGGGGAGGGAAGCUGGCAGGCUUUUGACGUUGAGAUGGUGUCCACAGACCCGCCAUCUCCCUCGCAUCGCCUCGGAAGGUAGAGGAAAGGUAGAGGAGCCGGCGCGUGGACGAGCAGCUCCUGGGCGCGCGCGGACGUGUGGACUGUUACCUCGCGGGCUCGCGCCGCCCCCCUCGCCCCUCCCACUCCGCUCUGACUGAAUCGAGGCAGAAAAAAGUUUUUUUGAAACUGGAGGGUCAUAUCUGCUGCAAACUUUUGCAUCCUCGAUGAAAGGAUCGCCGUAUAGAGAAAGUAUGCAUGCGGCUCAUCAUGCAUAUCAAUAACAUGAGCAGAGGCAAUAUGAAGCUGAACAUAUUGGCUGGACCUCUACACUGGGGCCUCCUGCUCCUGAGCAUAGUCGGCUUGUGCAGCCAACUUGUGUCCACUGGCAACCAAAGCUCCCGAGGACAGACAGGGUCGUCGCAGGAGAGGACGGGGACUUGUGAAGUGGUUGCCGCUCAUCGCUGCUGCAAUAAGAACAAGAUCGAGGAACGCUCUCAAACAGUCAAGUGCUCCUGCUUCCCCGGACAGGUGGCGGGGACGACGAGGGCGUUGCCCUCUUGUGUCGAAGCCUCCAUUGUUCGACAGAAGUGGUGGUGUAAAAUGGCGCCGUGUCUGGAGGGGGAAGAGUGCCGAGUUCUGCCCGACCUCACUGGUUGGUCAUGCAUCUCUGGAAACAAAGUAAAGAGCACUAAGGUGGCGCGGUAGCGCGACAGGAGCUCCAAUUUUUAAUCAGCACAAGCCUGUCCCGGUCUGCUGCAGUCACCUCAACUAACUCUGGACUCCGAGGACGGUGGGAGCUCAUCAGAUGGAGCAAAGCACAAUGUAGAUUUAAUUAGAUAUCUCCUUUGCUGUGCUUUUAAACCACCGGAACUCAUUAUUUUUAAUUUCCAUUUCGCUUGAACACAAUCUUAGUUGGGGUUAAUCCCACGGAGUGGACAAUCUAUUAGCGAGCCGACUUCAGAUAAAAACCACGCAUUCCAAAGAAAGCAGCUCCUGAGAAGUCUGUACUUUGGUUUUUUCCCGGCUCUUGAUAUGCCCGGCACACUGCGGCGACUCACUCAAUCAAGGUUUUGGAUGGGCCUGCUGGCAGAUGCUUAAAAAGCGAUUUUGUGGAUUCGUCAGGAGCCAGAAUGUGAAUCCAGUCCGUUGCUCGUCUCCGCCGAUCAAAGCAGAAGACCACAAAUACUGAGACAUUUAUGAUGAUGUCGUAUUUGUAAACAAUGUUGUCCCGUAGACUCCGAGCUUUGUAAAAGAGGUCAGAUCCCUUUGGACUACUCCUUUCCACGGAGAUGCACUCUCUCACAGACACACACGCACACGCACACACACACACACACACACACACACACACACACACACACACACACACACACCGUUCUUUUUCAACUCCACUGGAUGGACAGGACACCACCUGCAAGGCUGCGGUGGCAUGCACACAAGCAUGAAGCGCUGAUGCAAAACAAAGACUGUUUGAAAUGCUAAUCGUGGGGAGAAAAGGAGGAGAAGAGGAGAAGAGGAGAAGAGGAGCUUCUCCACUGCUGCGAGUAUUUACAUCAUGCUUUUGUUUGCUCCUCCCUGUGGAGGAAACUCUGCUCACAGUAACGAGAGGAAAUAUUGGAGAUUCUCAGCCUUGAAGCACAUUGUAGCCACUAACGGAACAGAAUAUUUACCGUUAUUUCCAUUUGUAUCAGUUGCCCCGCCUCCAACCCGAUUGCCUCUCUUUUAUCUCCCGAGUUCAGUCGCACACACUUUGCAUUUUUACCUUUGCAAUGAAGAUCCAUCUUAGAGUGACACGGACACAGUGGCUGUCGGAGGCGUCGGGCAUGGUGGGAGUGCUUCACGCUGAGCGAGUUGAAAUCAGCUGAAUUAUAAGCAGUUAUUAACAUUUACUUGACGCAAUUAUACAUUCUGGUUGUGUCGAGAUCCCUCGCUGAGCUGUCGUGCAGUCCAAGUCACUUGACGCGUGGCUUUGCGUUGCACACGUUCAAGGUGAUGAAAGCAAUGUCAUCACAAUCAUGUCAUUUGAAGGUCCAUAUAAUAAUAUUGAAUAUGUUGGAUAUUUAGUUAAUAUCCUCUAUAUCAGUCCACUUGUAGAGGAUGGAGUCAGACGUCUCCGGUGAAGCCGAUGACAUAACACAUUGGGAUUCUGGUCAUGGGCUUUCCCACAUAACUACAUGUCAUAUUGUUUCUACUUUUAUUAAUGAGAAGAUUGUGAUGCAGCUGACAGCAGUAUUAUAAACACGGUCUGACAAGAUGAGUCAAGGUAACGUAUGAAGAUGGUGGUUCAACAUACUGUUUACGACCUCGCUGUAUUCAACGCCAGUGCUGACUUUAAAAGGGUGGAUGCAAUAAUAGAAACUCAACACAAUAUCACACAAACCGCUGUGUGGCAUUGAAAUGACUUUAAAAGACAAGCUUAUUAUUUCAUAACAUCUGCACCAGAUCAUAUCUUUUUUUUUCAAGCAAACAUGCACAAAUAAGUUUUUGAGCGUUGGUCAGACAAAAUAUGCAAUCUGAAGACAUCCCCCUGGGCUGAUAUGCAUUUCUUUAUCAUUUCAUGACAAUAUUUCGAUAGAACGUUUAAUCCAGAAGGAUCGCCUGGAAGAUUAAGCGGUUACGAGUGAUGAUAAUCGUUUGUCGUCUUUCACAAUUUGUGACAUUUGAUCUGUUUCAUUCUUGGCAACUGGAUCUUGUUAAUGGUGUAUGCACCAACUCUGGGAAUAAACAUGUACAA